GGGUCACCAGGCAUCAGGUCAUUUGGCUCGACAGCGGGCACUGCGUCAUCUGGCAAGGCAGUGGGCUCCGAGUCAACAGGCACGACAGUGGGCACCGGGUCAUCAGGUACCGGAUUGUCUGGCUCGACAGCAGGCAUCGGGUCACCAGGUAUGACAGCGGGCACUGGGUCACCAGGCAUCAGGUCAUUUGGCUUGCCAGCGGGCACCGCGUCAUCUGGCAAGGCAGUGGGCACCGGGUCACCAGGCAUUGGAUCGUCUGGCUCGACAGCGGGCAUCGGGUCACCAGGCAUCAGGUCAUUUGGCUCGCCAGCGGGCACCGCGUCAUCUGGCAAGGCAGUGGGCACCGAGUCACCAGGUACGACAGCGGGCUCUGAGUCAAUUGGCACGACAGCGGGCACCGGAUCAGGUACCGGAUCAUCUGGAUCAACAGCGGGCAUCGAGUCAACUGGC